CGAUAGGAGAGAGGGAGGAGAGGGAAUUGUUCUGAAGGCUGCUGUGUGAAUGCAGUAUAAAACAACUUGACCAGACCAUUGAAUGACUGUUGAUCUGAGAAAUACAAUAUUUUCAGGCCAGAAAUGCUGCCUAAUCUCUAUGGUUACCUAUGGCCUAUGUCUCUCUCCUGUCUCCACUGAAACUCUUCGUCCUUCUCUGAGGGCGAGUGAUGUGCGGUGCGAGUGGUGUGUGUGUUUAGCGAGAGCGUGAGCCAACGAGUGAGAGCAGUGUGUGUGUGGAGUGAGCGAGUGCAGAGCGAGCCACUCACACGGAGCAUGCCUCUGCGUCCUGCAGCCGGCAAACAUGAGCCACCCAGCUCUCCACAGCAGGACCAGCACACACACUCACACCCCUACAGACACACCAACGGCAGCCAGGGGGCCAGCUCUGACAGCAGCAGCUCACGGGAAGAGGACAGCGGCAUUCCCGUUUCUGUCAGUGUUUUCUCUUUCCGUCCCGCUCGGGAGCGGAGCCCCAGUGCAGGAGGAGGCAUGGCGCAGGCACAGGGCAACACGCUGGUGAUCCGCAUCGGAAUACCGGACCUGGCACAGACGAAAUGUAUGAAGUUCGAUGUGGAUGCUCCUAUCUGGUUAUCUAAGCAGCAUAUCCUGUGUACUCUGAACCAGAGCCUGAAGGACGUGCUGAACUACGGCCUCUUCCAGCCAGCUCACAAUGGAAAGGCUGGCAAGUUCCUGGAUGAAGAGAGACAGCUGAAGGAAUACCCACUGCCUUCUGUUACACCUGUACCAUACCUGGAGUUCCGCUAUAAGAGACGUCUCUACACACAGUCCCACCUGGAUGACAAGCAGCUCUCCAAACUACACACCAAGGCGAACCUGAAGAAGUUUAUGGAGUAUGUACAGCAGAGGAACAUCGAAAAGGUGUCCAAGUUCCUGGAGAAAGGUCUGGACCCCAACUUCCACGACCCUGAAUCGGGAGAAUGUCCUCUGACCAUGGCAUCUCAGCUGGAGGGCUGUGCAGAGCUCAUCAAGGUGCUGAAGAGUGGAGGAGCUCACCUGGACUUCAGGACCCGAGACGGCAUCACUGCACUGCACAAGGCUGUCCGCACCAAGAACCAUACGGCCCUCAUAACGUUGCUGGACCUGGGUGCGUCUCCUGACUAUAAGGACAGUCGGGGGUUAAGUCCGCUUUAUCACAGCUCUAUGGUAGGAGGAGACCCCUACUGCUGUGAACUUCUGCUCCACGACCACGCUCAGGUGGGCUGUGUGGACGAGAACGGCUGGCAGGAGAUACACCAGGCAUGCCGUCAUGGUCAUGUUCAGCACUUGGAGCACCUGCUGUUUUACGGAGCCGACAUGACUGCUCAGAACGCCUCUGGAAACACCGCCCUUCACGUCUGUGCCCUCUACAACCAGGAUAGCUGUACCAGAGUUUUACUGUUUCGGGGAGCGAAUAAAGAGAUCAAGAACUACAACAGCCAGACAGCCUUUCAGGUGGCCAUUAUAGCAGGAAACUUUGAUCUGGCUGAAAUCAUCAAGAUCCACAAAGUGUCAGACGUUGUGCCUUUCAGGGAGACCCCCUCCUACACCAACCGUAGACGUGUGUUGGUGGGAGGACUGCCCUCGCCCCGCUCCCUGCUGCGCUCGGCUAGCGACAACAACCUCAAUGGGGACAGCAGUCAAGGUCUGGGUCAAGGUCUGGGGCAGGGUCACGGUCGACAGGGUCAGUCUCCUGUCCCCUCUCUGAGAAGCCUCCCUGCACUGGGACAACACCAACAACAUGCCAGCCUGGGGGAGACUCGUCAUGGAGAGAUGCCAGACAGCAGUCUCCAGAGCACAGGCAGCUCUCGCUCCUCCCACUCCCGCUCUCCCUCACUACACAGUCAUCUGCAUGAGGGCGAUCAGGGCAUCAGGAAGACACACGGACACCCUCUAGGACACGUCCCUCGAGGACGGCUCAGCCCGGGUACGGUGCAGCGGGACCCCAGUCCCCCCACCCACACCCCUCCUGCCAUUGCCGGUGCCAGCGGGCCCAAGCGGAAACUCUACAGCGCCGUACCGGGACGUACCUUCAUCGUGGUCAAACCGUACACACCACAGGGCGAGGGAGAGAUCCAGCUGAACCGUGGAGAGAGAGUGAAAGUGUUGAGUAUAGGAGAAGGAGGUUUCUGGGAGGGCACAGUCAAGGGGAGAACAGGCUGGUUCCCUGCCGACUGUGUGGAAGAGGUUCAGAUGAGACAGUAUGACCCUCGGCUAGAGACAAGAGAGGACCGCACUAAGAGACUGUUCAGACACUACACUGUGGGAUCUUACGACAACGUCACCUCAUACAGUGAUUACAUCAUAGAGGAGAAGAAUGCUAUGCUGCAGAAGAAAGAAAACGAAGGCUUCGGCUUCGUCCUGCGGGGAGCCAAAGCUGAGACGCCUAUUGAGGAGUUCACCCCAACACCUGCAUUCCCUGCCCUCCAGUACCUGGAGUCUGUCGACGUAGAGGGAGUGGCCUGGAGGGCUGGGCUUAGGACAGGAGACUUCCUCAUAGAGGUGCACGGAGUGAACGUGGUGAAGGUGGGCCAUAAGCAGGUGGUGUCUCUGAUCAGACAGGGGGGCAACAGCCUGCUGAUGAAGGUGGUCUCUGUCACACGCAAACCUGAGUCUGAGGAGGUGGUCCGCAAGAAAGCUCCCCCGCCACCCAAGAGAGCCCCCAGCACCACUUUGACACUGCGCUCCAAGUCUAUGACCGCCGAACUGGAGGAACUGGCUUCCGUCCGGAGGAGGAGAGGAGAAAGGCUAGAUGAGAUGCUAGCACCUCAGGAGCCUGUGACGUUACGUUCCCAGCCCACAGAGGCUGACUACAGAGCUGCUACUGUCAAACAGAGACCUACCGGCAGGAGAAUCACACAAUCAGAGAUCAGUUCGUUGUUUGAGAGGCAGGGCAUGGCAUUACAUGGUGGGCUCCACCCAAGGAUGGAGAGGGCUCAUAUGCAGCUGCCUAGAGGGAUGUCCAGGACCAAGUCAUUUGGUGCGACUGAGGAGGACCGUCUGUCGGUGUUGGCUGGAGAACAUCGUUUCCCCCGGAGCUCCUCCAUGACGGACAGCCUCAGAGACCACUCCCACUCCCAUUCUAUCCCGCCCCCUCCCCAGACCGCACCUCCUCCUCCCCCUUCCCUCUACUACCUGGACACUGGCCCUCCUCCUGCUUUCUGCCCCCCUCCUCCCCCUGCCAGGGGUCAUGGUCAGGGUCAUGACCCUGGAGGUCGUUCCAGCUUCAAGCCCUCCUCCCUGGACCUGGACCGGCCCUACGACCCAUCGCCCCGCCAGUCCUCCCACAUCGAACGCCAGAAGAAGGCUAGGUCAAUGAUUAUUCUACAAGAUUCCUCCCACUUACCCGUGGAGCCCACCGACAUCCCCCGCCCCUCCGCAUCCGCUACACCACCAGAGCGAAUCAAACGGAAAGGCCGGGUGAUUGACAACCCGUACGCCAAUGUUGGCCAGUUUAGUAUUGGAUUGUACACACCCACCAAGCCCCAGCGCAAGAAGAGCCCUCUGGUGAAACAGCUACAGGUGGAGGACGCACAGGAGAGAGCCAGCAUCGCCUUGGCCGCUGCCCACUCCCGAGAGACCUCCCCCUCUGGUCGACACACACACACCCACGGCCACACACACACCAGCCGGGCCGACUACUACCAGCAGCAGCUGAUGGUGGAGCGCGAGCGUAUGCGUCUCCAGGGAGAGGCCUUGCUGCAGGGGAAAGGGCCGUUCGCUGUUGCUAUCGCUGGCGCCGUGAAGGACCGAGAGCGCCGACUAGAGGAGCGGAGGAAAUCCACAGUCUUCCAGUCAGUGGGGACCAUGGAGGGGGGGUCGGGGUCCGCCCCUGAGCCCCCCUCCUACACCACAUCUCGAUCCAUCGAUGAGCGCCUACUCAGCAGAGAACUAGGCCAGCUGCCACCCCCCGCUCUGGCCCUGCGCCCCUCACCUGGCGGCACUACCUUCAUCCACCCACUCACAGGGAAGCCCCUGGACCCUAACUCACCCCUUGCUCUUGCGCUGGCCGCAAGGGAGCGGGCACUUACCUCCCAGAGCCAGUCCCCCGCCAGCAGCCCUGAGCCCAGGACUAAACAGGACAGGGCUGGUGUUGGAGGUCAGGGGGCUUCGCUUUUCAUCGAAAGCCAGACCAAAGAGCCUCAGCAUGGGGGCGGGAGGCCGGGGUCGCCCCAGGCUGGUAAAUCCCAGUGGGGAGUGUCAUCACCUGCCUUGCUUCGCCAGGAGAUGGAGGGAAGAGGGGAGGAGAGGAAGGAGGUGAGGAGAACGGAGGAUAAGAAGAGUAUGUUGAUCAGUAUCAUGGACACAUCACAACAGAAGACAGCUGGACUAAUCAUGGUCCAUGCCACCAGUAACGGCCAGGCGGUGGGGCUGGGACCAGGGCUGGAGAAAACCCCCACCUCCCCAGCCACCGAGCCCAUUAAACCCUCCCUCAGUCGGGCUCUGUCACCCAGCCCCUCUGCCUCUCAGCUCCAGGCCCAGGGCCCUUCCAGCCCAGCCCAGGCUCCCCUGGCCCAGGGCAGUUCAGAGGAAGACGUGGAGCCCUACACAGUGAGCCUACCUCCAGCCAUGCUGUCCUCCAGUGAUGAAGAGACCAGAGAGGAGCUGAAGAAGAUUGGGGUGCUCCCACCUCCGGAUGAGUUUUCCAACGGGUUGUUGGCCAAUUCACAAGCCCAAGCCCAGGGGACCCCUGUACCCCAGUCUAAAUCCACCACUUCCCCUACAACCCCUACUCUCCUCACCCCUUCGACCCCAAACCCCAGCCUGACCCCCCACCCUACCCCUGGAGGAGCAGUCGUCUCAGGGAAACCCUCAUACCCGGACCAGCCCCAUCCUCCAGCCCUGCUGGCUGAGUCUGGUUCAGCAGCAGACUCUGGUGUGGAGGAGGCAGACACACGCAGCUCCAGUGAGAGAGAGCGAGACCACCACCUGGAGACCACUAGCACUGUGUCCACCGUCUCCAGCAUGUCCACUCUGUCCUCAGAGAGUGGCGAACCCGCUGACACACACACCUCCUAUGCCGACGGGCAGACCUUCGUGCUCGACAAGCCGCCAGUGCCUCCCAAGCCCCGGCUCAAGUCUCACAUUGGAGGCAAUAAAGGCCCGGUCACCUUCAGGGACCCGCUGCUGAAGCAGAGCUCUGACAGCGAGCUGUUAUCCCAGCAGCAGGCGGCUGCUCUAGCCGCAGCAGCAGCCGGAGGGGCAGGGCUGGGGCAUGGAGGCCUAGGGUCUGGAGGCCUGGGGCAUGGAGGCCUCGGGUCUGGAGGCCUGGGGCAUGGAGGCCUCGGGUCUGGAGGCCUGGGGCAUGGAGGCCUCGGGUCUGGAGGCCUGGGGCAUGGGGGCCUGGGUUCUGGAGGCCUAGGGUCAGGCUCUAUAUCUAGCCUGGUGGGAGGCCCCGGGAGGCCCCGCUACCUCUUCCAGAGGAGGUCCAAGCUGUGGGGAGACCAGAUGGAGGCGCGAGGACCCGGGGUGGGGUUAGGGAUGGGGAGUCUGGGGAGUCUAGGGGGGUUGGGGUUGGGGCUGGGGGGUGAGGAGGGGGGGAAACCAUCGGUGAUGGGGGAACUAAGUUCCAGAUUGCAGCAGCUGAAUAAGGAUACCAGGUCACUGGGGGAGGAGGAGCCACUGGGGUCAUCGCUGGACCCUGGGAGGAAGUCCCCUGUGACAGGCGCCAGACUUUUCAGCAGUCUAGGAGAGCUCCACACCAUUUCCCAGAGAAGCUACGGCACCACCUACACCAUCCGGCCUGGCAGCCGCUUUCCCGUUACACGCCGCACUCCAAGCCCUGGCUCGGGCUCCCCGGAUCGUGGUGACCCCCUCAGCCGACUCCCAGGCUUCGGCCUACCCACCUCACCCACCACGCCGCACCACACCAUCCUCAAGUCGUCCAGCCUCAGCCUGCACCAUGAGCCCAAAGAGGUACGCUUUGUUAUGAGGAGCUCCAGCGCCCGGUCCCGCUCACCCUCCCCGUCCCCUUGUCACUCCCCCGGGCUGGGCUCGCCCCUCCUGGCCCUCAGGCCCUUCCACCAGAAGCCCCUCCACCUGUGGAACAAGUACGACGUUGGAGACUGGCUGGAGAGCAUCAACCUGGGGGAGCACAGAGCCGGCUUUCAAGAGCACGAGAUCGAGGGCUCGCACCUCCCGGCACUCACCAAGGAUGACUUUGCUGAGCUGGGGGUGACGCGCGUGGGACACCGCAUGAACAUCGAACGAGCACUUAAACAACUGCUGGAGAGCUGACCCCUGCUAUGAGAGAGAGAGGUAGAUAGAGAGGGAGAGAAAGAAAGGGAGAUGGAGAGAGAUAGAUGGGGAGAGGGAGAUGUGGAGAGAGAGGGAGAGAGAGGGGUAAAGAGGGAGAUGGGGGAGAGAGAGAGAGGGAGAUGGAGAGAGGGAGAUGGAGAAAGAGAGAGAGAGGGAGAUGGAGAGAGAGACAGAAACAGAGAGAAAACAAGAGAGAGCUUUUAAACUAGCUCCAUUUUUAGGUGGAGCUAGUUUUCAUUUUAGGUGCAGCUAGUUUUCAUUUUUAGGUGAAUUUGUUUUCAUUUUGAUGUUUCUGAAAGUGUACGUUUUUGUAUUUAUACUCUCAGCACUGCACUGAAUGAGUAGGUGUUCAAAAACUUUUGACCGGUAGUGUAUAUAUUUUUCCCCCUAACCAUACCACCCCUCCCCAAAUUGGAGUAAACUAAUUAAAUAUAUUUUCCUUUAUUAAAUUCCCCUAAGCCUACCACCCCUGCCCUAAUUGGAGUAAACAAAUGGAUAACAAUACUUAGACUUCUACUUUGAAGAAAUUCUUUGCAGGAGAGAAUCUUGCAUGAGCUCCUAUUAGAACAUUUAAUUUGUACCAGCUUCUGUUGUUGCUCCUCUAGUCACACCUUUAACCUCUCCCACAGACCAUUCCUUCUUUGUACAUCUCCUUCUCUUUCUCCCUCCAUCCCUUCCCUCUAUCUCUUUGCCUGCUGUUUUUGGCCUCAGAAGGAUUCCCUGUUUGCAUGAAGAAGGAGGAGGAUGAAUCUCUAACCAUAAGGAAAGUUCAGAGAUCUGCUCAGCUACAGCGAACACAGGUGUAUAGACACAGUACUGACCUAGAACUGACAUAAUGUUGACAUACUGACAGUACUGACAUGGGCCUCUCUCCUCUCUGCCUGGCAUUGUAAUUAAACUACAGACACUUGAGCCCAGAGACGGAGCUCGCGUUGGAGACCACAUAGGGAAAACUCCUCCAUCCUGGGACCUUCUUGAGGACUGACACUGCUAUCUAUUAUAUUUGGAGAAUGUUUAACCAACACUAGUGGCUUUUUCAUAAUCAAAACAUUUUGCUUUUGGUUUCCAAAGGGAAUAUUAUAGAUAAAUAUGAUAUAAAUGUAUUUAAAUAGUUUUGAGGGGGAAAAAAACGACAGAAUGUUGAAAUGAAGAUAUGUAAUAAACUAAAGAGCAUCUGACUCCUACUUCUAGACAAAGGACAGAGAGAAAACUUUAACAUUUAUUGAACCAAUAAUUUACUUGUUUUUACCAAUUAUAUAAAUAUAUAUAUUUGAAAAAAAGUUAAUAGAUAUAUACAAAUUAAAUUUUGUCAUAAAAUAUACAACUUUAGUAAAACUAUACAUGGUAUUCUAUAUACAACCCACUGUUGAUGAACUGUCCUUACAUGGUCACCCUUUCCUGAACAGAAGCAUGAAAAGUUGCAUCACAUCUUGAAAAGAGGGUUGUGGUUUAAUUUCUGUUUGUUUUCUUACGGUCUUCCGUCAUACUGAAGGGCAUCCCACACAGUGAGGGGUGUGACAUCCCAGUUUAACCCCAGUGACCCUGUGACCUCAACACAUACUCAGAUAUAGAGACAUAUAUAUACACACAUGAACAGUCACAUAGUCAAACAAAUAACACCCUUACAUUCACACACGCAGACACACACACAUACACACACAUACACACACAGUUCUCAUCCAAACUAAGACCGGUAGCAUCCUUACAUACAUCUGAGACCAUGGUUUGGGAGAACAGAUGUCUUAAGAAAGGUGUUUAAAAAAACAAAAUCAACAAUUGUAAUGUGAGUUGCUUCUCUCAACAGUCAGAGACAGUGAGUGUCAUUCACACAACAGCACAGCGUUAGAUCCAUACUCUCUGGGAGAACAACAAUGGUGUGUUCAGGAGGAAGAAAUGUUCUGAAUACUGCAGAUAGAACUGUCAUGAUAGAACUGUCAUGAUAGAACUGACAUGAUAGAACUGUCAUGAUGGAACUGUCAUGUUAGAACUGUCAUGAUAGAACUGUAAUGAUGGAACUGACAUGAUAGAACUGUCCUGAUAGAACUGUCAUGUUAGAACUGACAUGAUAGAACUGUCAUGAUAGAACUGUCAUGAGCGUCUUAUAAAGAGCUGACAUGAUUUCCUAUUAUACAAGUUUAUUAUUGCUAUUUGUAGGUAAAGAAUAUGUAGUAUAUUGGAGUGUCACAACAGUGAAGCAUGUCUGUUCUCUAUAAUACAUUUAUAUCUACAUUGUUGUAUAACGGAGUCCCCUGAAUGGUGGACACUACAACCACUAAAACCUUUACUAGUCAACAGCAGCACUGAAACCUUUAUGCUAAGUGAAUAUCUUUGUCACGGAGCCACACACCAGUCCAAACUAUCUCUGUGAAACUUUAUUUUGUCACCGUUUUGAGUAAGCGGGUGUUAAAUUCAAUGUUGUGUCAACGUUGUAGGGAUAACGCUCACUGUCUCACAUCGGACCUCACAGAUGAUUUCACUUCUGACUCUGGUGACAUGGGUGUUGUCCCAAAUGACAUCCUUAACCCUACCGUGCCCUUCUUUUGAUCAGAGAUUUACAUUUUGGGGCACUAUAUAAGGAAAAGGAUAUAAUUUGGGACACUACCAUACCGCCUGACUCCUUGGCUUUUGUGUUGGGUUGAUUGUUGGUUUGUGUUUCUAUAAUGGAGGUGUGGAUUUUGUAGCUCUUGGAUUAUGAUGUUUAGAAGAUACAUUUUUCUAUUCACUCACCUAACAUGAAUUUCAGAGUGAACAUUAAGAAAAGGAGAAACAAAAAAUAGUAGAUCCUCUCAAAAGGAAAUCUGAACAAAACACGAAUAUUUGCUUUUUAUAUUAAUCACAAGCAAUGUAUAUAUAUGAUAGUUUUCAUAUACAUUUUUGAAAAUCAAAAAUUCUAUAGAUAUAUAUAUAUAUAUAUGAAUGUUUGGCAUAUAUGCAUAGUUAACCACCUAGGAAAAAAGGUGUGAUCCGAUUUUUAUUAUUUUCUAUGAACUAGGAGAUGAUUUGCACAAAACAAGGUGCUAGCAUUACAGCCACCCAUCAUUACAGUGCAUGUAUGCUGUGACUGGAGGAACACCCUGACUCUCUGUACACAACCCCCUCUCUGCUGUGUGUGUGUGUGUGUGGUAGUGUGUGUAUGUAUGUGUGCUGGGUGUGUAUGUGUGUGGUAGGUGGUAGGUGUGCGUGUAAGUUGUUCAAACCCUCAAAGGUGGUCCGCUGUAGCCUUAAUUACAUCAGAGAUUCCUGGCAGUGGCUGUGUCACACACGUGGUGCACACACUGAAAUCCAGAUGUAUAAUCAUUACAGGACCCUUUGAUAUCUAUUAGAGAGAGAGAGAGAGAAUAUACUGGGGAGAACUUCAAUUUUUAUUUAUUACAUUCUGUCUGUUCCUGUGUAGCCCCUGUCUGUGUGUGUGGGGGAAUCGGCAGUGGGCAGGGUUUGGGCUGUGGCUUUAAUGGGAGACAGAGACACAGACAAUUACAGUAUUACCAUUUGCUCUACAACACCUCUCUAUGACUCUGUCCAUGACCAGAAGCACUGGCCCUCUGCUCCCCGUUUCAUCCAGUUAUACACUCUGUCCUCUUUUCCCUUUUCAGACGUUCAGAGUUUUUAAGGGUAUGCUAUGAUGAGGUGAUUUUGAAGAGGACUGACAACAAAAAAACAAAGAAGGAAAAACGUGCCAAAAAAUAAACUUUCAAUGGUAUAUUUUUCUUCUUCCUUAGUACUACCUUAGUCUGGAUGUUGUUGAGCUGUUACUCACUAAUAUGGUGCCAUCUCCUGGGAAUCUUGAGAACUACAGACAUUCAUUUAGCUUCACUGUCUGGACACAACCUUUUUGGAGUGGAACUGCAGACGUUUUUAUGUUUUGUAAAGGAAUAUAUAUAUAAACUGAAAAAUGGAUUUUAUGAGCUUGCAUUAUUAACAUUUAUAUUUAUAUUUUUGAGACAAGGUAUCAAAGUAUUGUUUGGUUUAACUGUGAUGAGUUAUACAGCUUGUCUAACUGAUGCUGAGAGAUGCUGACAUGGGUUUACACACAGCACAUACAUACACACAUACUGUACACACAUGCAGGCAUGCACGUGUGCUCAUAUACACAGUGCAGCUUGGACUCCAGUUGCUUUCCUGGUUAGGAAAGAAUCUAGUGAUGGAGAACCUAGUUGGACCCCUCAGUGGGUUGACCACAGGUAGCUUAUACAGAUGCAAACACAUGCUACAGGACACAGAGAGCUGAGGCAGACACGUCAUUCACACCAAUGAGUUUCUCUGUACGGUCGACUUCAUCUUCUUUUCUAAUCAACAAAGCACAAUCUACAUGGUGAGACGGAGUCGUGAUUCCUAUUGUUUAAUCCAGGGGGAUCUGGUAGACCCACCACUGGAUCAAAUGAUCUUAUCAUCAUUCAAAGGGGUUUUUCUUUCAUUGUUGAUUUUCUCCUUGUUUGCACUGUGAAGUUUAACAGGGUGGAUCUAUUACAGGCCAUGUCUGGACCAUGCCUGGCCCAUCUAAACAUCCCCUCCUCUUGAUCCCCCAGGCAUCCCAUAUCUUCUUCAAGACACUGAACUCCACACAGAACUGUAGCUUAGCUGAAACUAAUGAUGAACACAAUGUCAACCUCAGUAGAUUUAUGUUAUUCAAUAGUUUAGCAUUGUUGAAUGAAUCCUGACAGCAUAUGUCACAUGUGGUAGGAGGUGAAAAUGUGAAAGGUCAGAUCGCUAGCUAACUAGAAUAAAAUAGUAGCGUUCACUUUGGUGCUAUAUAUGUACAGAUUUUCGCCAGACAGUGUUACUGUGACUAUUUUAAGAUACAGUUCUAUGUAAUCUCAGAUACAGCAAGGGCAUACUCAAGUGUAAUUUUCCUGCUGAAAUUCAAAUGGUCUGUAGAGAGGGAAACACCUAGGCUACCUGCUUCUAACUAGCAUCUGAGUGUCUACUCCCAAACGCACCGUGCUGAAAGGUGUGUGGGUAUAGACUUGGAAUAGAAGAGAGGACACACUGGCCAUUGAGUAGAUGUCUGGAAAAAGAACAACAUUAAAAAAAAAAUUAAACACGUUACGGUUAGUUGCACCAUUGACAAGAACCCUUUUCACCCAGAGGCAUGGUUCUCUUAUCAUCCAUAAGGGAACAUAUAGAGAAGGGAGGCGGGGUAGUGAGGCUGAGGCAGGUCCAGAGACCUGAGUGCUGUGAUGGCUCCACCACAGAGAUCUAUGUUUGUUAUAUUAUGUAAUACAUUUAUAAUUAAAAACAUGACUUCUG